CCAAAUAUAAAAUGUUUGCUUACGUUAAGAUCUUUAACGUAAUGACUUAAAGUUGUUUUGAUUUCGUAUAAUGGCUACUUUAAUUUAACGAAAAAGAAAUGUAGCUGUUUGUUAAAAGUAAACAAAUCAUGAAUCAUGAUGAAUUAGUAUCACUCAUUUUUAGAAUUCAAAAGAAGUUACAAAAAACAGAUUAUAACCCAUCUAAGAAGCUGAAGAUAUUAAAAAAGCUAGGUGAAAUUCCAGUCGAUGUAAAUGUGUUGAGGGAAACUGGUAUUGGAAAAACAGUAAAUAGUUUAAGAAAAUGUGAGGGGCCAAUUGGAGAGCAAGCUAAGGCUCUUGUCAUACAAUGGAGAGAUAGUGUUAAUUCUUUGCUUACUAAAGAGGAUAAAGGCAAAAAAGAAACUAAAAGUGACCUUUCCUCAACAGACACUGAAAAAAAUUUAAAAAAUGAAAAAAUAAAUAAUUUCCUUAACGGUAAAACUGAACCCUUAAAACAGAAAGAGGAUAUAAGUCACAUAUAUCUAUCUCCAAACAAAUCAAAGCGAUCAUUUGAAGAGAUGUUAAUUGUACCCGAAAUAGUACAUAGGCAGAAAAAAAAGAAGAACUUUCAUUCUAAAGUAACUGAAUCUGUGGUAGAUACAAAAUCAAACAGAUUUUCAAUGCCCAAGCUUCCUGAUAUUGAAUUGCCUGAAUAUAUGCUAAGUGUUCCAAAAACUGAAUACCGACCAUUACCUGAACCUGUUUCAUCCAAGAAAAAAACUGAACAUCAUGUUGAUGAUCAAAAUGUUAUCAUUAAAAGAGGCUCUCGUGGGCAGAUGUAUUCAGGGAAAAAACAAGCCAAUGGAGUUGUGAUGACAUUGUAUCAAUUAUGCAUGAAAGUGCUGAUGGAAAAUAUUAACUCAUUGUAUGAGACUGGUGGUGUUCCCUUUAUUAUUCUAGAGCCAUUGUUAGCUAAAUGUUCUCCUAGUGAGCUUCAAAGACUAGAAGAGUACAAUCCUCAUUUUUUGGACGAAUCUGAAAGAUUAUGGAAAAUUCAUUCUCAGCGUGAGUUUAAAGGAAAAGUUCCAGAAUCCAAUGAAUCUUGGAGAGAUUUAUUUCAUAGGCUCAAUAUAGAAAGAGAAGAACGUCUCCAGAAAUUAAGUACCAAGAUUACAAUUUCUCAAGCUGCUAAAGCUCCUGAGAGGUCAGUGAAGUUGGCUUAUUUAGCUGGAACACCUAAAGGAAGUGCUCAAGUUAUGAGAAAACAAAAAAAGUUCGGUACUGGUUUAGAUAGUAUUGGUCAAUCAAAACUAGACUUAAAAGAGCGUAUUGAAAAGCAACGUGAAAAAGAAGCUGAUGUAGCUGUGCCUUUUGUUAAAGUUCGUCGUAAAGAAAAAUGUACUAUAAAUCAUAAUUCAGUUGCCUCAACAAAUAGUCAAUCAGAAAACGUUGCAGUUGGACCUUCACGACUAAAACAUGUAAAGAAAAAAGGAAAAAGUCCAUUAAUGGCAGCAGCUAUGAAGCUACUCAGCAAUCAAAAGAAUCGAGUUCAUUCGCAAGUAAUCCGUAAAUAAUUUAAAGAUGACAAAGUUGUUGAAAGUUUUUUUUUUUAGAUGUGGAAAACUAUUUUAACAAAA